UCACACAACACCACCAGUAUUCUAGUGAUCAAAAGAGAGAGAAAAUCUGAAGGAGAAAAAAGCUCUAUCGAAGAAACCCAUUUCUCCAUUAGCCUAUCCAGUUGAGAGUGAAGCUCUCACAGUGAUGACGAUGAGUAAGAGAUUCAAAACAAAGAUCUGCGUUGGUGGAUUAGGAAUUGCAGCAUAUUCUUACAUCGCUAUAGAUUACCUGAGACAUGUAUCACCAAUUUGGCAUGAAAGGUUGCAACCAGCUUCAUUGGUUUUUCUGCUUUCUACUCUUCUCUUUGAAGUUCUAAUUGUUACUGCUGUUCUUGGUCUUGAUUGGCACAGGGAUAUUGAGAGCUCGCAUCUUAGGGUUGCACCAUUAUCUGGACUCAGGUUAGGUGCAAGUUACAUGUUCUUAAUGGCAGUUGGUUGGUUACUUCGAGCCAUACAUUUGCUUCAACGAUUUUGUCAUCAGUUCGGCCAUGGUGUGCUCCAUCUAUAUAUGUUUCCCGUCCCAUCACAUCCUCAUUCUUGGGCGCAGACUUAUUAUGUUCCAUAUUCUUCAGAUGCUACUGCUAUAUGGCAGUUAAUUCAACAUGACAUAGCUUACGUUACGUGCACAACAAUCUCUCAUCUCUUAACCCUACUUUCUUGUUGCAUUUAUUUUGUCACCAAUUACCAAUCAUUUUCAUCUGCUAUCCUCUAACCAGUAAGACGUUCUGUGUUUGAUUUUUAUUUGGCGCUCAUGCACCUCGUGAUAACUUUACCAUCUCUACUGAGUAGAACCUUGUUUCCUUCUUCAAAAAAGCUAAAAACAAAUAACCUAGCAUACCACUGUCAGGCUAUUGAUACGCAUUACUAUGUCCUGAUAGAAUCAAAUUGUUUUUCUUGGAGGAUCGAUGGUUUGUUUAAUACUUCUGUGUGUUUGUUUACAGCUGAUCCAGUAGGGAUUACCCUGGGGGAUCACCACCCAGUAGAUUGCUUACUUUACGGCCAUGAAUAGUUGGCCUUGAAUCUUAUCGAGCUUAAAACUAGUCUUUUCAAGUUUCUUGUUGAUGCAUUAUCUUUGGACUAGUGAUGGGUAAACAGUGUACACCACUCUAGCUACUCCACAUGGUUUCUGAGGAUCUCUGGAGCCAUGUAUGUGUAUUGCAGUUGUCUGCGUUUGUUAAGUAAGUGAUAUAUCUAGGUUUCAUCUACCUGUUAUCCUGUUGUAAUGUAAUUUGAAGUUUAUGUAUCAUGACCAGCUUUAUGUAUUGUGGCUGUCUGGCUGAACUGCUGCAUAAAUAUGAUGGCAAGUAUUUGGCUAUAUAAAUACCAGUUCCAGAA